AUGUCCACCUCGACCACUGGCAGCCAGACGGGCAGCCAGGCUGGCAGCAGAGGCCGAUCUUCCGGCGUCAGCAACUGCUCCUGGUACCGCAGCUUCAGCGACAUGGCGCGGAACAUGCGCCAGGAGAGCGCCCAAAUGUCCCGGCUCAUGGACCGCCUGCGGGAGGUGGGCUACGACGAGCUGGGCUCGCCCUUCAGCACGCACUCCACGGAGGCCAGCAGCCCUGGAGAGGACCUGACCGAUUCCCCGGAGACCCAAAAGAUCAAGGCGCAGCUGGUGGACAUGAACCGGCACAUGAAGCUGACGAAGAAGAUGUACCGAGCGAUGGACGGCUUGCUGCGAAUGCAUUCCUUGGACCAAGCCUUCGCAAACGCUGACGGCCAGUGCAAGUCCACGUCGCUCUCCCUGAGCACCUCGCCCAGCCCUCGUCACUUUGCGGAGCCAUCAGGCCGCAAAACCGACGGCAAGGCAGAUGAAGACACCACGGCGUGUGAGAUAGACUCUUCGAGGAACUCCAGCAAUCGCAGCUCGCAGGUGCAGGACUCGCCCCGGUACUCGGUGCCCAACUGGAUGCGCCCUGACUUGGCUGUGAAGCCGCAGGAUGACACGCACUCGGCGGACGGAGACGCGGAAGGCCACGGCGCGGAGGAGGAUGUGGCGACCAACACGUCCUCCUCGCCCAGCCGCACUGAGCCGUCCUCGCCAGAGCAGAACGUGCCGCUGCCGGGGCAGGAGGGCAUGCCGCGGCACGAGACCUUCUUGUACCACUUGGAGCAGCAGGAGCUUCACAGGCAGGUGACGCUGGUGGUGCCUCCGGGGAUGGAUGAGACGCGCCGGGUGAACUUUAUCUUUGAGGAGCAGGAGAUGACGGUCGCCAUCCCUGAGGGAUACGACGUUGGCCAGCAGGUGACAGUGCAAGUGCCCACCCGGAAGCGCCCGCCGCUGGAGCGGAACGCCACGCAGGCCUGGCACCGGGGCCGCCAGCAUCUGCCGGACCGGCACGUCGUCAUGGAAAACCUGCGACACUGCUGCCGCGUGACAACGUCGAUCUCCUUGGACCAUCCGGAGUACAAGACGCGAUACCAGCUCUACGGCAUGUUGCAAGGCAAGAGCAUGACGCCCAUGCUCCCAGAAAUGCCGGAGGGGGACGAACAGGAUGCCCUCACAGAUGUCGCAGAGGAAGACACCAUGCCCAUUCCUGCCCAAGACUGA